AAGUACUGAAAAUUGAGAAAUGGAAAUAGAAAAUUGUUACAAAAAAUUGAUUUCUUUGUACUGAAUUCUUCGUGAAAUGUUGAAACAAACAUGGUUGUUAUAAAUUUGUUUUCGAUUUUACAAUGGUAUUUGAGGCCUUUUAUCAAAUGGUUUCUAAGGAAGACCACAAAAUUAUGCGAAUUGCAAAGAAUUUGUUACGGCGACAGGGUCGGUGCAGAAAGAACAUGUAACGUAGAAAAUUCAUUAAUGCUAUCAAGAACAAGAGAUAUCCGUGAAGUGGUUUCGUAUUUAGACUCCGUUGUUGCUGAGGGAAAUUUUAUACCUACUAAUUUCUGCAGUAUUCUUGAUCCCGCUAUAGGAAUUGUCGUUAGAGUGAAAAAAAUUAAUCUGAAACUUCACGGCCCGUUUGUGCCGUCUUUCCGACGCUGCUUAGAACAAAUAUGGAGCUACAGACAGUUAAUUGACGAAGUAGAAGCAGUUCGGCAAAUAGAAUUUGAUAGCAAUAAUGCUGAACAUGAGCAUAAACUGCUCACAUUGUGGAACCUUCUAAUGCCAGGCACACCAUUAGAAAGCAGAGUCUCUAAAGAUUGGCAAAUCAUAGGCUUCCAGGGUGACGAUCCAAAAACAGAUUUUCGAGGAAUGGGACUUUUAGGUUUAGAAAAUCUGCUGUUUUUUGCCACAGAAUAUCCACAAGCAUCAAGCCAUGUCCUGAGCCACUCCUUACACCCAAAAUAUGGUUAUACAUUUGCCAUUGUUGGCAUUAAUUUAACAUCAAUGGCAUACUACCUGCUCAAAGAAGGUUCAGCAAAGAGCUACAUGUUUAAUGCUAGAAACUACUUGCCUUGUAUAGAUUUGUUUCACAAGUUUUACUGCUAUCUAUUUUAUGAAUUUGACAAAAUGUGGUUGGAAUCUAAGCCUGAAAAUAUUAUGGAGUUUCCAAUCAUUUUUAAAAAGUUUGAAAUGGCAAUACGUUCAGAACUGGGUGACCCAGCCUCAGUAUUUAGAAUAAACCUAGAAGUUGAUACUAUUUAACUAAAGUUCUAGUCAAUUUCAUUUACAUCAGGAUCUCAAAUUAGUGGAGACAGGCACAUUUCAUGCAAGAAAACAAUAAAAGGCUUUAAGCACAAAUGGCACAUAAUUGGCUUGUUCUAACUUACCAUUUUGUGGAUUAAAUACAAUACAAUUAUUUGCAAAGCAUAUACUUACCUAUUUAGUAUUUAAUGAUAUUGUUACUAAGUAGGGAAUAUUUAAUCUGAUGGUUUGGACUAUAGAUUCCAUUUCGGCGAAAUAAUACGCACAAUAAAAUAUAAAUAGACAUUUCAAUAUUUUCUAGAAUGCCUGACUAAAUCUGACAAAUUACAUUUCAGUAAUGAUUUGUUGAGCAUUAGGUUGCGUUUUCCACCAGAGAUAUGUUGCAAGGAAUGUGUUUUUAAGAUCCAAUAACAUCGCCGCACUGAGCG